AGGCAUCAAGUCGAGGCAUUGCCAGCGAAUUUGAUUGUUCUUGAUAAAAGAUAAUUCAUUUCACAGAUUUUAUUUUUACUUAGUUCUCUUUUUAAGCAUUUCGUGAUUUUCCAGCUGCUUGCAUUGUUUGUACAAACGCACCGACUGUCCUCUUGUUGAUUAUCAUAGCCACACAUCGAGAAAACAUCAUUAUUAAAUAUGCAGUAAAAAUAUCUAAGAGUGUGUGAAGUAGGUCCGAGCCAGAUCAAGAUCAUGGGCAAAUCAAGGCGAGUUAUAUGGCUGCUGCAGCUUCUUGCAUACUCUGUUGUGACUUGUCGAAGCGAAGAAGCUUGUGCAGUGACGAUGGAUCUCGUCUUCCUUGUGGACGGGUCAGGAAGUAUCGGGUCGUCAAAUUUUGACAGACUUAAGGAAUUUGUAUCUACCGUCAUCGGCGGCUUCGUUAUAUCCCCCCAAGGUACUCAGAUAUCGGUGGUCGUGUAUCACUCUUCGGCCAAGACACAUCUCUCGUUCGGUGACGCGCAGGACUUGAUCUCCGUCAGACGUAUUAUCAGCUCCAUCGCGUAUCCCUCAGGACCCCAAACGUACACUGACCGCGGGCUCGUAGAGGCACAUCAGCGGUUUGCGAAGGAAAAUGGUGCGCGGUCAUCAAGAACUACAAGAGUAGUGGUGGUGAUAAAUGAUGGAAAGAGCAAUGGUGAAAGCCUUGAGGCCAGCUCUAAGCCGCUAAAGGAUGAAGGGAUCGUUAUCAUGGCACUCGGCUUCGGUUCCUCCGUUAGAGUAGAAGAGCUGCAAACCAUGGCUAGUUCCCAAGGCGACAUGCACCUUUAUAGCACGGCUAUUGCUCUCAAAAACGACGCCAACAGCAUCGUCAAUUCCAUCUGUAUGGUCAACAGAAAAUCCCAGUUGUACUUCACAAGCGUGGAGUCCGAUGUCUCGCUCACCAGUCACGUGAUAUCAAGCGAUGAAGUCGAGGACGACUUGGAGUGUGCCUUCCGAUGCUUACGUCAUCAGCGGUGUUUCUCAUUCAACUUUUGGCCAGCCUCGAAAUCAUGCCAGCUCAACUCCUCGUCAAAAGUGAUUGACAGCGACGACGUUAUACCGGAUAAAAACGCAAUGUAUUAUGGCAUGACAUUCUCACGAAGUUGAACUUUUCAAAGGACCUCGGGUUCAAAUCAGAUCGUCUUCGGAGCGAGGAAAGACCCAGUGCCGAGUUAGUUUACAAUAUUACGCGCGCUACCGUGGUCACGUGCGGGGAUGAUUGUUUACAAUACCACGCGCGCUACCGUGGCCACAUGCGAGAAUCAUUGUUUACAAUACAACGCACACUACCGUGGCCACGGAAUUUCAUGGUUUAGAAUUUAACCAUCAAAUUCAGAUCCGCCUGCCCUUGUUCAUAGAUAGGAGGACCAGUAUAUAUAUCCUCUAGCGCGAUGAAGAAUUUUUUGCUUCGCUGGCCGGCUAGAUAGUGGAGUUCAUAUUAGUUAGAUAUUACGUUCGUCAUCGCUAUUGUAAGGGGAUUUAAGAUGGAAAUGCAUAUCUAUAGCACCCAUGUACAUACGAAAUCUUUACAAGUUAUAAAGGAGAUUCGAAGGUUUUUUUUUUUUGCCGGACUCCUGUCGGUAAAGGCUUUCUUGGUAAACGGCCGAAGUGUACCGAAUAAGCCGUGCACAUAGCUCAAGUAUCCGAAUAAUAGGUACUCGCUUUUGGACAAAAUUACUCUACAUGUGGAAGAAGCAAUGUAGAAUAGAAGAAUAGGUUUGCAUUUAAGGUGUAACGUCGUAAGGCUUUUGUAUUGUAGGUCCAUGCAACAAGGUCUUGACCUUUCAUGAUGGGGAAUAGUUUUUAAUAAAACGCAUCUUAUCGA